AUGCCCGUCAAUCUCAGCCCCAGCAACAGCGACCCGCGCAAGUUCAAGGUCGCCGCCGUGCAAGCCGAGCCCGUCUGGCUCGAUCUGCAGGGCAGCGUCGACAAGACCAUCCGGCUCAUCCGCGACGCCGCGGCCAAGGGCGCCAAGAUCAUCGGCCUGCCCGAGGUCUUCAUCCCCGGGUACCCGUGGACGCCGUGGUGCAACGACUUUGUCUCCUGCCAGCCCCUGCUCGCGCGCUACCAGGCCAACUCGCUCGCGGUGCACUCGCCCGAGAUGGACCGCAUCCGCGCGGCCGUCAAGGAGCUCGGGGUGUACGUCGUGCUCGGGUUCUCCGAGCGCGACGGCGGCUCGCUCUACAUCGCGCAAGCGACGAUCUCCGAGACGGGCGAGAUCAUCAACCACCGGCGCAAGAUCAAGCCCACGCACUACGAAAAGACGAUCUUUGGCGACGGCAGCGCCCAGUCGAUCCACAACGUCGUGCAGACGCCGUACGGGCGCCUCGGCUCGCUCAACUGCUGGGAGCAGAUCCAGCCCGCGCUGAAGCUGCACUUCUACUCGCAGCUGCCGCAGAUCUUCGUCGGCGGGUGGUGGCCCGCGUUCCCCGCGCACACGGGCGGCGCGCCGUACAUCGUCUCGGGCGAGGCGUCCGCGCGCAUGACGCAGGCCGUGUCGAUGGAGGGCGGGUGCUUCGGGCUGACGGCGUGCCACGUCGUGAGCGAGGAGGGCGCGAAGAUCAUGAUGAUGGACAAGUACCCCUGGUUCAAGUUCCCAGGAGGCGGGUUCACGACGAUAUACGGACCUGACGGAGCGGCGCUGACGGCGCCGAUCGACCCGGGCGUGGAGGAGACGGCGAUCGCAGAGAUCUCGCUGGACAUGAUCGGGGACAUCAAGAUCGUCGCAGACCAGAUGGGCAACUACUCGCGGCACGACCUGAUGCACCUCGUCGCGCACGGGAAGAACUGGCGCCCGGUGGAGUACGCGGACGGGGAGGAGCAGAAGGGCCUGGAGGGGCGGAUCGCGGACGUGGCGAACGAUAGCGCGUUCGCGACACCGAAGAUCUGAAGGCAGCGAGGGACGAGCAGAGUGGGCCGCGGAGUGUGUGUGUAUUAGUAGCGAGUGAAAUACGAGAUGCUGGUGAUCCGG